AUGCAUUCCCACAACGUCACGAUCCUGGCUGAAAAUGCCAACAAAGUCGCCCUAGGCACUCUUUAUCAACAUCAGGUCCCAUCUAAACCCCUCGAUGGCUUGAAUCACCAAGUUCUACAGGACGGGCAUCACUUACUGGGCAAAGAACCAUGGUGGAAGGCUGGUGUCUUCUAUCAGGUUUACCCAGCUUCAUUCAAAGACAGCAACGGUGAUGGUUGGGGAGACAUUCCAGGCUUGAUUUCCAAACUGAAUUACAUAGCAGAUUUGGGCGCCGACUGUGUCUGGCUUUCACCAGUCUUUGACAGUCCACAGGCAGAUAUGGGCUACGACGUCUCGGAUUACCAAGCCAUAUACACGCCAUAUGGCACGGUGGAAGACGUGGACCGGCUGACCGUAGAAUGCCACAAGCGUGGCAUGAAACUCAUACUCGAUCUUGUGGUCAAUCACACGAGCAUGGAGCAUGCAUGGUUCAAAGAGUCCAGGUCUAGUAAAGACAACCCCAAAAGAAACUGGUAUAUCUGGAAGCCGGCACGCUACAACAGCAAAGGCGAACGCAUACCACCGACUAACUGGCGUGGGUAUUUCGCGUGUCCAACUUGGACUUGGGAUGAGCAUACGCAGGAAUACUAUCUACAUCUCUAUGCGCCCGAUCAGCCGGAUCUGAAUUGGGAAAAUCCAGAGUGUCGAGAGGCCAUCUACAAGGAGACCAUGCGUUUCUGGCUGGAUCGUGGCGUCGAUGGCUUCCGUAUCGACACUGUAAACAAAUACUCGAAGCGCACUGACUACGAGGACGUACCCGUCACGGAUCCAAGAUGGGAAUCUCAACCAGCCCCAGAGAUGUGGUGCAACGGGCCCCGGAUCCACGAAUUCAUCCACGAGAUGAACGAGAAAGCACUGGCACCCUACAACGCCGUAAGCGUGGGUGAACUGUCCAACAUGGCCGGCGCGCUGGAUGUCCUACCCUACGUCAGCGCUGCAAGAAAGGAGCUCGACAUGGUCUUCGAGUUCAGCAUGAUCCGCCUCGGCACCGGCGGCGGCUUCGGACCAAAGUACAUCUACCAGCCCUAUACGCUGCCGACGCUGAAGGAACACGUCGCGCGGUUCCAGACGUUCAUCGAGGGGACGGACGGCUGGACGACGGUCUUUUGCGAGAACCACGACAACGGGCGCGCGGUGUCGCGCUUCGGCGACGCCAGCUCGCCCGGCCUGUGGAGGGCGAGCGCGAGGACGCUGGCCAUGUGGCAGGCCACGCUGACGGGGACGCUGUUCCUCUACCAGGGUCAGGAGAUAGGCAUGGUGAACAUGCCCGCGAGCUGGGGCGUCGAGGACUACAAGGAUGUUGAGAGCCGGAAUUUCUACGCCGAUGCGGUGGCGAGUGGCGAUCAGGCGUUGGUGGAAAAGACUAUGCAUGGCCUCAGGAUCUUGGCAAGGGACCAUUCGAGGAUACCAUUUCAGUGGGAUGGGAACGCGAAAAAUGCCGGGUUCAGCGACGGCGAUGAGACUUGGAUGAGAGUACAUGAUGGAUAUCGGGAUAUUAACGUCAAGAAGCAGACAGGUGACCCGAGUAGUCCGUUGGAGUUUUGGAGAAGGAUGUUGAAGAUCAGGAAGAGAUUUGCAGGCAUCUUUGUUCAUGGAGCGUUUAGAAGCUUGCAACAGGAACACCUGGAGAAAUAUGUCUACGUGAAGGAAAGUAAGGAGGAUGUGCCAGGCUGCCCAGGCGUCAAAAAGAAGGCAUUGGUAGUUAUGAAUUGGUCCAAAGAAGCGCAAGAUGUUGGUUGCGUCCAUCAAAUGUUGGGGUGUGCAGAGAAGGAGGCCUGGCUAUUGGUCAGCACUAUCGAUGAUAUCAAAACGUACCCAUCUGAGGCAAACGUAUUGCAGCCGUGGGACGGGAGGAUAUAUCUUAAUUUUCAGGUAUAG